AUGAUGGUCCCACGAGCAUUUACUUUCUCCUCGGCUCCGACAAAAAAGUCCGCCGGCACUUUUGAUAUCAGAGAGCACGCAUUGCUGCUGGGCUUGAAUGUACCGGACGAGGAGACGUUCAAGCGCCUGGAAGCUCUCCCGGAGCCGUCCACGGUGACCACUCCCAUGGUGAUCCCACCUAAACGUGGGUCCCGUACGCCCGUUCAACGAGAGGUGCGCUCCCGGACGACAUCCAAGGUGACUGCCUCCCGUCGGUCCUCAUCCUCCUCGUCAUCGAAUGACCGACCGCUGCCGCGGUCGGUGGCCUCGAUGCUGGACGCUACGGCAAUUCCUGUCCCACGCCGGUCAUGGUCUACUCGACGGCCCAAGAAGCUUCCACGCCGACACUAUGUGGAGGAAUUCAAUCGGAUCAUGCAGGAGGGGAUCAAGUCCAGAGAGGACUAUAUUUUGAAUGAGUGCGAAAAGUUCGGUCUCUGUGCCGAUUUGGAGCCCGAGUCUCCCUUUUCUGUGCCGUCGUCCUCAAGUGAUUCCACCCCAUCGCUGGAGCCGGAUAUGGGCUCGCCGCUGGGGUCGCCUCAACCGCCCACGCCUGGUAGCCAACGAAGCAUGCCAGAGAGGCGGACUGUGCGAUACGCCCCAGGCGAAGACUGUGCUCUCGACCACCCACUUCUUGAAUCAGCCUUGGAAGAACGCGAGGCGCUCGUUUUCGACAGUGACUCUGGGCCAACCACACCCGAGGCUAGUCAACCCAAACGAACUACCUCGACACGAUCCUUUCCAAGCUUGAAGUCGUCUUUCAAAUCCAACCUGACAGCCUCAUUGCGAGCCAUCAAAUCCGCGGCUCAGUCGGUGUCCACAUUUGCGACUCCCUCUGUUCAACCCGAGGAUUUCCUGACCCGGUCCUUGUUCACCAUCACGCCCGAGAUGACGGAUGACCGCCGACCACCACCCAUGCAACAGCCGCCUUCCCCGGCCUUGCGUCGCUACCUCAACCCCACCCCCAUCUCCCCGGCCGAGAUGUGCGUAUACCACGAGCAGCCCCACGAUCACUCUCCCCCCGCCAGCAGCUGUGCCGUUUCGAUCCAGAUGCAGACCUAUCGUCGCUCUCGAGGUCGGGGCAAUCGGCGCAGUAAUUUCCACGUGGUCGCACCUAAGAACCGGGAUCAAUAUCACGUUUUUGAUCCCGAGGUGCCUUCGAUGUCGCGACAACGCGAACCUCGUGAAAACUGUGACUUUCUCCGCAUGGUUGUGCUUGAAAUGAACAUGCGACGCAGUGGUAAAUUGCGCGAAGACAUUCCUCCACGGGCGCGCAUUAUGCUUCCACCACGCAAGAGCAACUCCUACCGUGUGUCUGGCGAUUACGAGGAUGGCGAGGAUAACAACACUGUGCCGACUCGAUGGGUAGGCAUCUCCGCAUAG